AUGCCCACACGCGUCGACACCCUCAAGACGGGCCACGACUUUUCCGAGCUCGACGCUAGUCGUGUCGUCGACAUCCUCCAGGCGGCCUUGGGGCAACGCCUGCCGCAGAUGGAAAUUCGGUUUCAAGAUCUUGCCAUCACCGCUGACGUCGAAGUCAGCACUAAGCCCACCGAAGGCAUCCCGACUGUCUGGACAGCUCUGACGACCAUGCUGCCGGGGCGGACGCAGAAGCGCGUCAUCCAGCGCGAAAUUCUCAAGCCCAUGACCGGUGCUUUUCGUCCCGGCACGAUGACACUCAUCCUUGGCCAGCCGAGCUCAGGCAAGUCGUCGCUCAUGAAAGUCGUUUCGGGCCGCUUUCCCGUCUCGUCCAACGUCAAGAUCCAAGGCCAAGUCACCUACAACGGCAAGCCUCGCGAGGAGAUGCUGGACGUGUUACCUCAAGCCAUCUCGUACAUGGGCCAACGCGACGUGCACUAUCCAACGCUGACGGUCGAAGAGACGCUUCGAUUUGCUCACGAAUGCUCGGGUGCCAAGGCAAUGCCUCGCACGAUGAAACAAGCGUUCGACAAAGGCACGGCCGAAGACAACCUGCUUGCGAGCCAAGUUGUCGAACACUUUGCUACGCACUCGCCUGACAUCAACCUCAAGGUGCUUGGCCUCACGCAUUGUGCCAGCACGAUUGUCGGCGACCAGCUCCUUCGUGGUGUCUCUGGCGGCGAGCGCAAGCGCGUGACCACGGGCGAAAUGAAGUUUGGCAUGAAGCUUGUCGACAUCAUGGACGAGAUCAGUACCGGUCUCGACUCGGCGGCUACCUACGACAUCAUCAAGGCGUGUCAGCGCGUGGCGCACACGUUCUCCAAGACGAUCGUGAUCUCGCUCUUGCAGCCGCCGCCCGAGGUGCUCGACCUCUUUGACGACCUCCUCGUCUUGAACACGGGUAUCCUUGGUUUUGUUUGCCCGCCGCGCCGCGAUGUGGCCGACUUUCUCCUCGACCUCGGCACCCGCGAACAGUACGUCUCGGCGACCGAGUCGCUCGUCGUGCCAACGUCGGCCGACGACUUUGCCGUGUGCUUUCGCAACUCGGCCAUCUUUAGCGAGCACGAAAACCACGUGCUUGGUGCGCUCGAGAUCCACCACCACGUCGCCGAGUUCCCGCGGUACCGGCAGUCGUUCUGGGACGGGUCGGUCACGGUCAUGAAGCGCCAGCUCAUUCUGACGUUCCGCAACACGGCGUUCAUCCAAGGCCGCGUCUCGAUGGUGCUCAUCAUGGGUCUCCUGUACGGCCUCAUCUUUUACGACAUGGACACGUCGCAAGCCCAGGUCGUCUUUGGUAUGGUCUUCUCGGCCAUCAUGUUCAUCGCGAUCGGCCAAGCGUCGCAAGUGCCAACGUUUUUUGCGUCCCGCGCGAUUUUUUACAAGCAGCGCGGCGCGCACUUUUACCGCACGGCCUCGUACGUACUCUCGACGACGCUUGCGCAGAUCCCGUUUGCGAUCGGCGAGUCGAUUGUCUUUGGCUCGCUCGUCUACUGGAUGACGGGCUUUGUGGCCGAAACCUCGGCGUUCCUCGUCUUUCUCUGCGCCCUUGUGCUCGCCAACAUGACGUUUGCGACUUGGUUCUUCUUCAUUUCGUCGGCAGCGCCAAACCUGCUCAUGGCGCAGCCGCUCACGUUCCUCUCGGUCCUCCUCUACGUGCUCUUUGCGGGCUUUAUGAUCGCCAAGGACAGCAUUCCCGACUAUUGCAUCUGGAUCUUCUGGAUCAACCCGCUCACGUGGUGCUUCCGCGCACUUGCCGUCAACCAGUAUGCAAGCGACGAGUUCCAGCAGUGCAGCUACGGCGGCAUCGAGUACUGCGAGCGCACAGGCAUGAACAUGGGCACGUACCAGCUCCACCUCUAUGGCUUUACGGCCGACCGGAUUUGGAUCGUCUACGGCUUCCUCUACAUGGCGGCGGCGUACGUCGUCUUCAUGAUGCUCGCCUUCUUCUUCCUCGAGUACAAGCGCUACGAGACGCCGGAAGGCACGAGCCUCGUCGUCGACGAGAUCGAGCCGAACGCCGCCGAUGCGUCGUACAAGGGCAUGCCCAAAACGCCGGCGGGUAGCUCCAGCGACGGCUCGGUCGCCAUCGCGAUGCCGCCGUCCCGCGUGUCGCCCGUCACGCUCACGUUCCAAGACGUCUGGUACACGGUCAAGGAGAAGAACGGUGAAGACAAGCAUCUGCUCCGAGGCAUCUCGGGCUAUGCGCGCCCCGGCACCAUCACUGCGCUCAUGGGCUCGUCCGGCGCCGGCAAGACCACCCUCAUGGACGUCCUCGCUGGCCGCAAGACCGGCGGGACCACCCAAGGCAGCAUCACACUCAACGGCUUUCCCGCCACGAAGCUCGCCAUCAGCCGUGUCACCGGCUACUGCGAACAGACCGACCAGCACUGUGAGUCGGCCACGUUCCGUGAAGCGCUCGAGUUCAGCGCCUUUCUGCGCCAGUCCAGCGACGUCUCGGAUGCUGACAAGAUGGCGUCGGUGGAGGAGUGCCUCACCUUGCUGGACAUGCACGGCUUGGCCGACACCAUCGUUCGCGGGUCGUCGGUUGAGCAGAUGAAGCGUUUGACGAUCGGUGUCGAGCUCGCUUCGAACGCGAGUAUCCUCUUUCUGGACGAGCCGACGUCGGGGCUGGAUGCGCGGGCGGCCUUGCGCAUCAUGAAGGGCCUCACGCAGAUCGCCAAGUCGGGUCGCACGAUUGUGUGCACGAUCCAUCAGCCGUCGUCCGAGGUGUUUGCCGUGUUUGACCAGCUUCUCUUGCUCAAGCGCGGUGGUGCGACCGUCUACUUUGGCGACCUCGGGCCCGGUGGCGCCAACUUGAUCUCGUACCUCGAGGCGAUUCCAGCCACGAAGAAGAUCCAACCCGGGCACAACCCGGCGACAUGGAUGCUCGAGGUCAUUGGUGCUGGCACGGCGGUCGUCGAGUCGACGAUCGACUAUGCCGACAUCUAUGACGCCAGCGACCUCAAGCGCGAUCUCGUCGCCGACCUCGAAGACGAAGCCACGACAAUCCAAGAAGAGAUGGUUUUCCGCAAGAAGCGAGCCGCGACACCCGCGACGCAGUGCAAGUGGGUCCUCCAGCGAUUCGUGCGCAUGUACUGGCGCACGCCGUCGUACACGCUGACCCAGAUGCUUGUCAAUGUGGGCAUGGGCCUCCUCUUUGGCGUCAUAUACAUGAACACCGAGUACGCGACGUUCAACGGGCUCAACGCCGGUGUCGGUAUCGUCUUCAUGGCGUCGCUUUUCAUCGGUAUGAUGGGCUUCAACAACGUCCUCCCGCUCUUUGUGGAGGAGCGUGCGAGCUUUUAUCGCGAGCGCGCGUGCCAGACGUACAAUGCGCUCUGGUACUUUCUCGGCUCGACGCUCGUCGAGAUCCCCUAUGUGCUCGUUGGCUGCGCGAUCUUUACCGUCAUUUUCUAUCCGUUUGCGGGCUUUGUCGGGUUUGUUCAAGGCAUCUGGUUCUGGCUCUACCUCUCGCUCUUUGUACUCAUGCAAGUCUACUUUGGCCAAUUGCUGGCGUGCGCACUGCCGUCAAUCGAGGUUGCGAGCGUCAUUGGCGGCUUGAUCAGCUCGAUUUUCUUCCUCUUUAUGGGCUUCAACCCGCCGACAUCUGCGAUUCCCGCCGGGCUUCGCUGGCUCAACACGAUCGUGCCGCCAAAAUACGCUCUUGGCCUUCUCGUCUCGACGGUCUUUGGCCAUUGCGACGAGCCGGGUGGCAACGAUCUCGGCUGCCGCAACAUGGAAGGCAUCCCCGAAUCGCUCAUUGUCGCCAAGUUUAACAACGCGACGUCGGUGACCAUGAAGGAGUACGUCGAAGUCAUGUUCCAGAUGAAGGAGUCGGACAACGGGACGUACGUGCUCGUGCUCAUCGGCUGCAUUCUCGUCUUCCGCCUCCUUGGUCUUCUCGCGAUGCGCUACGUCAACCACCAGCAGCGCUAAGAUGCAGACAUAUACGUUCUUAUAAAUAAAU